CGCCUCGCCCCGCGCCCCCGCCGGUCCUGCCGGAAGAUGGUCAACGACCGGUGGAAGACCAUGGGCGGCGCUUCCCAACUUGAGGACCGGCCGCGUGACAAGCCGCAGCGGCCGAGCUGCAGCUACGUGCUGUGCACGGUGCUGCUCGCCCUGGCGGUGCUGCUGGCCGCGGCAGUCACCGGCGCCGUGCUCUUCCUGAACCACGUGCCCGCGCCGGGCACCGCGCCCCCGCCCGUCGUCAGCACCGGCCCGGCCGGGGCCAACAGCGCCCUGGUCACCGUGGAGAGGGCCGACAGCUCGCGCCUCAGCAUCCUCAUCGACCCGCGCUGCCCUGACCUCGCCGACGGCUUCGCCCGCCUGGAGGGCGCCCAGGCCUCCGUGCUGCAGGCACUGACCGAGCAGCAGGCCAGGCCGCGGCUGGCGGGCCACCAGGAGCAGGAGCUGCUGGACACCCUGGCUGACCAGCUGCCGCGGCUGCUGGCCCGGGCCUCGGAGCUGCAGACGGAGUGCGUGGGGCUGCGGAAGGGGCACGGCACGCUGGGCCAGGGGCUCAGCGCCCUGCAGAGCGAGCAGGGCCGCCUCAUCCAGCUUCUCUCCGAGAGCCAGGGCCACAUGGCUCACCUGGUGAACUCCGUCAGCGACAUCCUGGACACCCUGCAGAGGGACCGAGGGCUGGGCCGGCCCCGCGUCAAGGCUGACCUGCAGAGGGCACCUGCCAGGGGAUCGCGGCCCCGGGGCUGUGCCAACGGCUCUCGGCCGCGAGACUGUCUGGACGUCCUCCUGAGCGGACAGCAGGAGGAUGGCGUUUACUCGGUCUUCCCCACACACUACCCCGCUGGCUUCCAGGUCUACUGCGACAUGCGCACAGACGGCGGCGGCUGGACGGUGUUCCAGCGCCGGGAGGACGGCUCAGUGAACUUCUUCCGAGGCUGGGAGGCGUACCGAGACGGCUUCGGCAAGCUCACGGGGGAGCACUGGCUAGGGCUCAAGAGGAUCCACGCCCUGACCACGCAGGCUGCCUACGAGCUCCACGUGGACCUGGAGGACUUCGACAACGGCACGGCCUACGCCCACUACGGGAGCUUCGGCGUGGGCUUGUUCUCCGUGGACCCCGAGGAGGACGGGUACCCGCUCACCGUGGCCGACUAUUCCGGCACGGCAGGCGACUCCCUCCUGAAGCACAGCGGCAUGAAGUUCACCACCAAGGACCGCGACAGCGACCACUCGGAGAACAACUGCGCCGCCUUCUACCGCGGCGCCUGGUGGUACCGCAACUGCCACACGUCCAACCUCAACGGCCAGUACCUGCGCGGCGCACACGCGUCCUACGCCGACGGCGUCGAGUGGUCCUCCUGGACCGGCUGGCAGUACUCGCUCAAGUUCUCCGAGAUGAAGAUCCGGCCGGUCCGUGAGGACCGCUAG